CGGAAGUACUUCCCCUCUUUCCGGACUGUUGUUUUGAAGCGGAGUCAAAGUUGAAGCAAAGGAGCCACCCGGGAAUCAGGAGGUAAUGAAAUGGUGCAAUAGGAACCCAUGAACUAAUUCCCCUCGGUGAAAGUUGUCCAGCAGCAGAGGAUUGCCGGGACCCAGGAUGACUGCAGAGGGCAACAGGCAUGGCACCAAGCCAGAAGUACACAUUACUCCACUCCUCCAAGCCCUGCUGAGGGGCACUGAAGACAGGACACAUUGAUUUCUGGAUGUGGGUGUCAUUAGAUGACCUAGGGUGCGGCUUUGACUGUGAAGUCCCUCAUCCCGAGAGCUGCAUAAUAGUGCCAUGGGUUCCAUGUCCCUCAGUGAGGAAGGUGCAGUGAAAUCUAAGUCUUAAGUCUGAAGCUACAGAGUGUACAGGAUGCGAAGGUAUAUUCAGGUACCAAGAGCUGAACCUGAACAAGUCUACAGGUUUAACACUGGGUGGGAACCAAGACCCUUACUUUCCUGUGGAAUAUGUGGCUGCUGUGGUGCCUUCCGCCCACGAUACAAACGCUUGGUAGAUAAUAUCUUUCCUGAAGAUCCAAAGGAUGGUCUUGUGAAAGCUGACAUGGAGAAGUUGACCUUCUAUGCAGUCUCUGCUCCAGACAAACUAGAUCGAAUAGGGAAGUAUCUUGCGGAACGGCUUAGCCGGGAUGUUGUCAGGCAUAGAUGUGGGUAUGUUUUCAUUGCGAUGGAGGCACUGGACCAGCUUUUGAUGGCUUGUCAUUCCCAAAGCAUUAACCUCUUUGUUGAAAGCUUCCUUCAAAUGGUGGCCAAACUAUUGGAGUCUGGAGAGCCUGAGCUUCAAAUUCUUGGCUCCAAUUCGUUUGUCAAGUUUGCAAAUAUCGAGGAAGACACUGCUUCAUAUCACAGGCGCUAUGACUUCUUUGUGUCUCAGUUCAGUGCAAUGUGCCAUUCUUAUAUUGAUGAUCUGGAAAGCAGAACUCAGAUCAGGAUUGCAGGCAUCAAGGGGAUUCAAGGAGUCGUUCGGAAAACAGUCAAUGAUGAGCUACAGACGAUAAUAUGGGAACCUCAGCAUAUGGAUAAGAUUGUUCCUUCACUUCUCUUCAACAUGCAAAAGACCGAGGACCCUGACAGCGAGCACAACCCUCCCUCUGUAAGAAGUGCAGAUAAAGAUGAGGACCCUGCUGCUCUAGCAGAGAGUUGUUUUCGAGAACUGCUGGGACGUGCAGCUUAUGGUAACAUGAACAAUGCCAUCAGACCUGUCCUAGUUCAUUUAGACAACCAUCAGCUCUGGGACCCAAAUGCAUUUGCUGUUUCCUGCUUUAAAAUUACAAUGUAUUCUAUACAGGCCCAGCAUUCUCAUCAUGUGAUUCAGCAGAUUCUUCGACAUCUGGAUACUCACAACAAGGAUUCUCCAAGGGUCCGAGCAGGCAUUGUACAGGUCCUUUUAGAGACAGUUGCUAUAGCAGCAAAAGGCUCUAUUGGUCCAACCGUUUUGGAGGUGUUUAACACGAUGUUGAAACACUUGCGUCUCAGUGUUGAUUUUGAGUUGUCCAAUGAGCAUAGUUCUACUGGUGCUUUAUCAACCAGCAACGAUGAGAAAGUAGUUCAGGAUACAAUUAUACAGACUAUUGGCUUUUUUGGGAGCAGUCUUCCAGAUUAUCAAAGAUCAGAAAUCAUUAUGUUUAUUAUGGGGAAGGUGCCCACUUUUGAUGCUGGAUCACAUGCACUAGACUCCAGCCACUCUGGAGAGCGAGGAACAAGAACCAUCCAAGUCAUGCUUCUGAGAUCUCUCCUUAUGGUGACUUCAGGGUAUAAAGCCAAAAGUAUAGCAGCUGCGCUUCCGUCUCCAUUUUUAGAGCCCAUACUAUCAGUUUCUCUAAUGGAAGAUAGUGAACUAAGGCAUCUCGUGCUACUCAUUCUACACAAUCUUAUCGAUCGUCAUGAGAACAAGGCAAAACUCAAAGGAAUGAGAAUCAUCCCUGAUGUUUCAGCGUUGAAGAUAAAAAGAGACAAGAGCUCAAAGCAGGACAUAAGUUUCAUGAAAAAGCAAGGACAGCAGUUGUACAGACACAUUUAUAUGGGUUGUAAAGAAGAUGAUAAUGAACAGAAAAACUUUGAAUCUCUUUUUGUUGCUCUUUCACUCAUCACAAUUGAACUGGCCAAUGAUGAAGUGAUCAUAGACUUGAUUCGGCUUGCUCUUGGCAUACAGGACUUAGCUGUUAGUAAUGAAGAUAACCUACCCGUUUACAAUCGUUGUGCCAUAUUGGCUCUGGUGGCUGCGUACUUGAAUUUCCUGAGUCAGAUGAUUGCAGCACCAGCUUUCUGUCAACAUGUUAAUAAGGUGAUUGAAGUGAGAAACAAAGAAGCACCAUAUCUUUUGCCUGAAUAUAUCAGAGAAAAGUAUGGAUUGCCCAAGACCCUGGAGACGCAAGACAAAAGCUGUCUUUUCUUGCAAAACAAGAUUGCAGAUGCAUUGGCUGGCAGUGGCUACAAUGUUGAUAGGCUGUCGGUGCCCUAUGUGCCCCAACCUACAGAUGAAGACAGAAUAUCCAGAAGAAAGAGUAUUGUUGACACUGUGUCUAUCCAGGUUGACCUCCUUGGUGUCAGUGUACAACAGGAUAAGAUGAAGAUGGUUGAAGAAAUCACCUUUGAAACACUGAAGAAAGCCAUAGAUAGCCAAAAUCUUGAAGAACAAGAAAGAGAAAAGCGGCGUCAAGUAAUUGAAAAGUUUCAGAAAGCACCAUUUGAGGAAAUUGCAGCUGAAUGUGAAUCCAAGUCAAACCUGCUCCAUGACAAACUUACAGAGAUAUUUGAACUGACAAUAAGGGUCUCUCGGAUAUUAUGUGCAGACCACUGCCUGAUGGAUUUAUGGUCAAAGAUGUUUCUCUGCAUAAACUUUUCCACGAAGGAUAGUGGCCACCUCCAAGCCCAUCAGGAUCCAUGAGUGUUGCAGCUGGCCACGUUCAGUACCAUUCCAUCCCAGUCUAUGAAAUGAAAUUUCCAGACCUCUGUGUUUAUUAGCCACUGUUACUGUUUGGAAAAUCUCAAGGAAGCAGAUAAUGAAGCAAAUAAUUCAAAGAACAAAAUUCGUCUGGAGGGCAUUAAGUUUCCAUUGAUUAUAUUAUACUUCAGAAUAGUGUUCAAGUGGAACAAUUUCUCUGAAUAAGUUGAAUAAUAUUAGGGCUAGUUGAACUGAAGUUCACUGUGAUAUGGUAUAGUCCUUUAGUGUGUAUAAUGUGUAAGGGUAUGAGCAUCAUGUAGUACAAGAAUGCAUUUAAAUGUUUACCACUUGUUUGAGGAGGCAAAGACUAUAAUAUUUAUACCUGGCAAGAGGUCCAAAUAGUUGGAGGAGUGAUCAUUAAUAUUCACAACAGUGAAAGUACAGUUAUGAACAAAACUAUGCAUGGCUUUUGUUUUUCUUUUAGAAAUAGGAAUAUAUGCAGAAAAAAAAUGGCCUGUAUUAACACAACUGAGCUAGGUUUUCUCUGUAUCACAUUCCUGUUAACUCGAACUAUUUUUAGUGAAGUUUGUCAUUUUUCUUCACCAGCAUUCCAAAACUUGUGAAAAAAAUGUAUGUGUAAUUUCUGAAUUUAAUCACUUGUCUGAGCCAAUCGCAUUGAACAACAGAUGGAGCAAAUUGGUUUUAAGUUAGUCAGAGCUGUCUCCAUGCACAGGAAACCUGGAUGAUUUUAUGACUUUUUUACACCUAGGAAAUUUAUUUAGAUUGCUGGUUUUCAGAAUCUACCUAACUGUUACAGGGUCUGUUCCUAUUGACUGCAUAAAUAUGCAUACAGUAAUCUAGCAGCAAAAUAGCACAAUGAUUUUAUCAUAAAUCAGUUGGCCUAAAACAUCAGUGGGCCCAUUUCCAAUAUCCAUAGAAAAACCUAGCAACAACCCAACUCAGCUGACCAUGUUUGAGGCAUACUUAGAAAUAUUACUAAUAGUUCACUUCAGUAAUUUGGAGUGUAAAUAUUGAGGAUGUAUUGUUGUUUUUCUUACAAUGAUAAUUCUGAACUCACUGCAAAAGGAGCUUUUUCAUGCCCACCUGAACAAUGACACUUAUUGGCAGUUUUCUUCCUCCGCCCUUUCACAUUUAUGAAGUUUCUCAAUUCUACACAUCUUUCCUGACCAAGAGGACUGGCUUGAGCCCUGCUCCAGUCCAGUCAACUCCACACAGCUAAUGAAAGUACACAAGUGAGCGCUACUGGGAUUGAUCUCUGAUUUCCGUACUCGGGUUAUGGAUGAGAUUUCUUGACUUGAACAAUACUCUGUAUACACCAUUGGUCACUGUUUUGCUUUGCUGUUGGUUAUCCUUGACAUUGAGAAAUUGAUGUUAAAAUUAGACAUCCAUAAAGCAUGGAAAAUAGUGACUAGAUUUCUAAUGUUUUUUAGUAUUUUUGCACUGCAGCAUUGAAGGAAAUUUUUUUUUAAAACAAGUCUGCACAUUUUUGCUACUACCUAUGCAGGAUGAAAUAUCUGAAAUCAUGCACAAGUAGAGAUUCCAUGUGGCUUCUUUCCUGCUCUAGGCCCUAUUCUCAGAAGGGUACCAGCUGAAAAUGUUAUUGUUACCUCAAUUACACAUGAAAAAUUAUCAAAAUUGUAAUAUUGUUCAGUAGUUAAGACACUUUGUGUAUGCUUUAGUAAUUGACUUAAUGAUGAAUAAUAUAGGCAGCAGAUAAUACAGGCAUCAAAUCCAGCUGUAUAAAAUGCACACGCAUGUUGUUUUUUAAGAAUGCUCAUUUAGCUAACUUUAUCAUUUUGAAACUUUCUAAAUUCACUAUUUCAAAUUGGCUAAAUAGAAAUGUGCAACACAUAUGGAAAAUCCAUGCAGUGGACCAACCUGAAUAAUGUUGUAAUUAAUUGUCAUUAAGGAAUGGAAGUUAAAUUGUGAAUGGAAAUCUUGUCUUUUUAUUAAUUUAAAGACAAGACAUUUAAAUGUAGUUAAAUAAGAUGCCAGCAAUACCAGACAAAUCAGCUGCUGUUUUUUGGGGGUUUCUGCGGAAAUUUUAUUAUCACCAAACCAAAUUUUAAAGUGAUUGUUGUUCGAUAGUUGUGGUACAGUUAUAUUUGUUUAAAAAUAUUUCUCACAUAAUUUUAUUUUCUUGUAAUUAUGAUCAGAUUAGACAAUCUGAGUGCUUUCAUUUGAUUUUUGUUCAACUUCCAAUGGUUUUGCUUGCAAUUCCAAACUUCAUAUGCAUUUGAAAAUAUGGGAUAAAUCACCAUCUGAUUUUAACCUACAUUUAAUUAAAAUGUUAAUAGUGCUGUAUUAUGAGAAAAUUGUAUUAAACAAUUCUUUUUGUUCACAAUGUUUACUUUUCAAACCAAAUAAAUAGCAAAUUCCAAAUGUUAUGUUGGAAACCAGUUUCCUAUGGGCUUGAUUGUUAACGUGAACAGCAGUUUGUUUGGAUUGGUAAAAAUCAUGUGAUUUCAUUAAUUGAAUGUUUUGACUUUAUUGAGCACUUUUUAAAUGACUAUUUGCUGUUUUUUGUACGCACAUAGUUAUGGUGAUUGCUGUGUUGCAUCAGCACAAUAUUUGUGAAGUUCUGCUAUAAAUCCUAUGUUGUGAUCUGUUUGUGAUGCCUCAACACUUCAAAGCUUGUCGUCCUGUAAGCACAGCUUAAGCUAUGACCAGAUGCGAAUAAACAAUGUUGGCAGUUAUGUAAAACCUAGGUAUGUAGAGUAUGAUGUUUUCAGGAUGUUUCACACAUUGAGUACAUUUUUUGUCUGUAAAACAUUGGCUUCUGUGUACUGUUCAGUCUUUGUCACCCUGCAGAUAAGCUGAAAAUUUAAUGUGAAGUGUUCGCUGCACAAAUGUAAAGGGCAAAAUAAACAUCUUCACUGUUAA